CUGCUAAUUAAAAUAUUUACAGAGAGUUUUUUCUUUCUUCAUGAAUGUAAAAUUUAUUAGCAUCAACAAAUAUCGAAAAUAAAACGGAAAGCAAAGAAACAAACAAAAAUAAUCUGCGAUGAUGACGAUGACGAGGAGUGUGCCCCACGGCAACCAUUUCUACACAUCCUUCUUCUUCUUUGUUUUUCAACUCGUUGUGUUGAUCCCUUCCAUUGCAAGCUACGAUUCUACAUUUUCACCAACAAGACCUCUCAGGAUCACAGAGAACGAGACCAUUGUGUCCCCUGAAGGCAUAUUUGAGCUUGGUUUCUUCAAACCUGCAACGAGAUUUCAAGAAAGAGAUCGUUGGUAUCUCGGAAUUUGGUAUAAGAGAUUCACGACGAGAGUCGUAUGGGUAGCCAACAGAGACGAUCCUCUCUCCAGCUCCAUCGGAACCCUUAAAGUCGAUAAUAGCAAUAUUAUCCUCCUCGAUCAGUCUGGCGGGGUUGCGUGGACGACGAGUCUGACAAAGAAUAUGAUCAAUAACCAACUUCUGGUGGCAAAGCUUCUGGAUAACGGUAAUUUCGUGCUGAGAUUCUCCAACAGUUCUUCAUAUCUGUGGCAAAGCUUUGAUUUCCCGACGGAUACUUUACUCCCGGGAAUGAAGUUAGGCUGGGAUCGCAGAACGAACCAUACGAAAAGCCUUAUAUCAUGGAAUAGCUCAGAUGACCCCUCAAGUGGAAGAUAUGUAUACAAGAUUGAUACUUUGAAACCUUCGCAGGGUCUUAUUAUAUUUGGAGAUGAUCUGCCAGUAAGCCGCCCCGGCCCAAGCUACAGAAAACUAUUCAAUAUAACAGAGACUGACAACGAAAUCACCCACAGUUUGGGUAUCAGUACAGAAAAUGUCUCGCUAUUAACUUUGUCGUUCUUAGGAUCACUGGAGCUGAUGGCGUGGACAGGAGAAUGGAAUGUGGUAUGGCAUUUCCCAAGAAACUUGUGUGAUUCUUACGGUGCGUGUGGCCAAAACAGCUAUUGCAACAUUGUCAACGAAAAGACGAAAUGUAACUGUAUCCAAGGGUUCCAAGGUGAUCAACAACAUGCAUGGGACUUGCUAGACUCGGAAAAAAGGUGUUUGAGGAAGACUCAGCUGAGUUGUGAUAGCAAAGCGGAGUUUAAGCAGCUUAAGAAAAUGGAUUUCCCAGAUACUAAGACGAGUAUUGUGGACACUACAGUUGGGUCAGAGGAAUGUAGGAAGAGUUGUCUCACGAAUUGCAAUUGCACAGCGUUUGCAAAUACGGAGUGGGGUUGUGUGAGGUGGACCAGUGACUUAAUUGAUCUUCGGAGUUACAAUACAGAGGGUGUAGAUCUUUAUAUCAAGCUGGCCACUGCUGAUCUUGGGGUGAAUAAAAAAACGAUCAUUGGAUCAAUUGUUGGAGGCUGUUUGUUACUUGUUCUAAGUUUCAUCAUUCUCUGUCUCUGGAUAAGGAGAAAAAAGCGAGCAAGAGCAAUAGCUGCGGCUAAUGUGUCACAAGAGAGAAACCGAGAUCUGACGAUCAACACAACCGAGGAUUGGGGAUCUAAACACAUGGAUUUUGACGUUAUUUCGACCGCUACCAACCAUUUUUCGGAGCUUAACAAACUCGGAAAAGGUGGUUUCGGUAUCGUUUACAAGAUAAAGAGAAAUGAAUAUGGACGGUUAUGUGAUGGGCAAGAGAUCGCCGUGAAACGAUUGUCCAAGAUGUCACCAAUAGGAGUUGAGGGGUUUACAGUUGAGGCGAAACUGAUCGCCCUAGUACAACAUGUUAAUGUCAUCCGGCUAAUCGGAUUUUGCUCUAAUGCAGACGAGAAGAUAUUGGUCUAUGAGUUCCUAGAGAAUUCCAGCCUUGACACGUAUCUCUUCGGCUCUGUUCUAAACUGGGACACGAGAUUCGACAUUGCAAAAGGUAUUAUUCGAGGCCUUGUAUAUCUUCAUCAAGAUUCUCGGUUUAGGAUCAUUCAUUUAGAUCUGAAGCCGAGCAACAUUUUGCUCGGCAAAGACAUGGUCCCAAAGAUCUCGGACUUCGGGAUGGCAAGGAUCCUUGGAGGGGAUGAGACUGAAGCUCAUGUGACGACCGUGACUGGAACAUUCGGUUACAUAGCACCUGAAUACAGGAGCGACGGGGUAUUAUCAGUAAAAUCAGAUGUUUUCAGCUUCGGAGUCAUGCUUCUUGAGAUAAUCAGUGGCAAGAGGAAUAUAGAUUUCCUUCAUCUCAACGACGGAAGCACUCUUCUCAGCUACAUGUGGAAUCAUUGGAGCCAAGGGAACGGCCUAGAGAUCGUUGAUCCUGCAAUCAAAGACUCAUCAUCAUCAUCGCAGCAAAUAUUGCGAUGCGUACAGAUCGGCUUAAUGUGUGUUCAAGAACUACCAGAGGACAGGCCAACGAUGUCGUCGGUGGGUUUGAUGCUCGGAAGGGAAACAGAGGCAAUACCUCAGCCCAAAUCGCCGGUGGAAACUGGGUCUUCUUCCGGAGGGCAACAAGAGAGCGAAUCUGGAACAGUUCCAGAAAUAACCUUGUUCAUUGAGGGUCGCUAAUGGUAAUUUAUCUGCCUUAAAAAGAUGUAUGAUUCACUUCUUAAUUACGUACUUUCUACUUUGUUCUUAGUCCGUUGAAGCUAUAUAUCGAUCACAACAUUACUUAAAUAAUAAAUUUCUAUGGAUAGUUGAAUAUCUCUCUUUGUAGUUGAA